AUGAGGCUCGCGUUUGGUGGCCUCGUGGUGGUGGUGAUGGUGGCCGCGCUGGGGGUGGAUGCCACCCACCUGAGAGGUGGCACCAUCUCCUGGAUCCAAGAGGAAAGUGGCAAGGUGCUCUUCAACUACAUGCUGGCCUGGCGCAGGACCUCGGACGAGGGAGCGAAAUGCACGGACGCAGACAUCGACAGCGGAGCGCUCAUCAAGUCCAAGCAGAAGUGGAAGUGCCGGGAGGGUUGUCAGGGCUCGUACGCCCUCACCUUCGUGUGCACGGAGCAAAACGAAAACUCCAACUGGAUGAUCGGCACCUCCAGCUUCGAGUUCGACGUGCCAGCAUCUCGGCCCACCGUCGUAUCCUUCGACGACUGCUGCUGGGUCAAGGCGCUGGUGCAGAGGACGAGCGGCCUCGUGGAGGCGUCCGAGUGGGACUGGUCGCUCAUCACGGUGCUCAACCCGGGCGUGCGCAGCGACACGGGGGCCCCGAACGUCUCCCCCGUCACCGCCUCCAAGCCGCUCAUCAGGCUGAAGGCCGGCUGCACCACCGUGUGGAACAUCCCGGUGUACGAUGCUGACGGCGACACGGUGCGGUGCCGAUACGCCGAGAAGGGAGCACGUGACGAGUGUGGAGGCAUCUGCGGAGUCGCCCCCUACGGAGUCCUCGACGAGGCCGCCUGCGUCAUCACCUUCACGGCGCCCGCGGACGCCGACGGCCUCUGGGCCCUGGCCCUGGUGAUCGAGGACUCCGUCAACUCGUCGCUGACCGUGGGCUCGCUGAGCCUCGCUCCGGGCGACGCUCUGUCUGGCAUCCCGCUGCAGGUCCUGCUUCAGUUCGAGCCGGCGCUGUCCUGCACGAUGCCGAUCUUCGUGGGGGCCACCCCGGCCAGCGGCGCCUCCUUCACCGCCAGCCAGGGGGUGCCCUUCGAGAUGAACAUCGACGUCGAGGUGGCCGCCAACUCCGCCAGCUCAGUGACGAUCACACGGCUGGGCACCUUCGCUCCCGUGGGAGUCGCCAAGGCGCCCGUGGUGGUGGACGCGCUUGACCCCAAACUCUUCCACACAAAAGUGUCGUGGACGCCGGCCAGCAGAGACAUCGGCAACCAGAGGGUUUGCUUCUACGCUUCCGAGAGUACCACCUUCGACAACACCUCCGCCAACGACGUUGCGAUCCAGUGGACCGUCACCUUCAACAAAGAGGUCGCCCUUCCGUCGGCGAGCGGCGCCUUCUUCCGCUUCUUCGAGGCGCGGGGCGACCGCGAGGUCUUCAAGGUGGACGGGACGAGCGCCACGCUGAUCGCGGGCAACACCCAGGCGCAGUUCACGAGCCCGGCGUCGGUCUUCAACGGCGGCGUGGAGCACUACAUCACGGUGGACGAGGGCGCCAUGAGGGGCGUCGUCGGCGGCGUGGCCGCCACCAACACGAACGCGCGCGUCAAGAAGGACUGGCGCUUCCGGCUGAAGAAGGUCUAUUACGCCUGGUGCCACGGCGUGGGCGACCCCCACUACCGCUCCUUCGACGGCAACCACUUCAACUUCAUGGGCACGCGCACCGUCGUCCUCGCCUCCAACUGCGUCUCCAACCUGCCGGUGCCGUGGCGCGUCCUGGUGAAGAACGAGCACCGGCGGCGCGCCGACGUGUCGUGGACGCGCGAGGUGCACACCGAGAUCUACAACCACACCGUCUCCUUCAUCCGCGACAACAAAGUCCGGCUUGACGGCGUGGCCGUGAACGUGCCGUACUACCACCCCGCUGAGCUUUUCCGCAUCACCAAGUCCGGCGAGUACUUCGAGCUCAACACCGGCGCCUUCUUGAAAGUCGAGUACAACGGGAUGAGCCGCGUGCGCGUCCACCUCCUCAACAAGGACGUCUACGCCGCGGCCACGUGCGGCCUCUGCGGCCUCUGGAACAACGACCCCAGCGACGACUUCAUGACCCCCAACGGCACGCUGGCGGCGAGCGCCGCCGAGUUCGGCAACAGCUGGGAGCUGCAGGAGAAGGCCGUCAGCGAGAGCGGGAGCAGCGACACGGGCGUCUCGGCCAACGUCUCCCUGGACUACUUCCUCAACAUCAAGGCGGGCUUCGGCGACAACUGCGGCCUCCUGAAGGACCCGGCGAGCCCCCUGGCCCCGUGCUUCGGCGCCGUGGAUCCGGCGCCGCACUACGCCGACUGCGUCUACGACCUCGUGCUCGCCAAGCUGGACGUUGCCGUCCUGUGCCAGGCGGUGCAGGGCUACGUGAGGGCCUGCAACGAUGAGGGCGUCGCCUUCGCGGCAAACUGGAGGAACGCCACCAAGUGCGAGAUCGACUGCGGAGCGAGCGCGGCCUUCAAGGACUGCGGCAACGCGUGCCCGGCCACGUGCUACGACCCCGGCGCCCCGGCGGACUGCGCCGACGCGUGCGGCGAGACCUGCGAGUGCCUUGACCCGGCCCACGUGUGGGACGGGGACGAGUGCGUCGCCCCGGCGCUGUGCGGCUGCAAGGACGGCGACGGCAAGUACUACAAGUGCCAGAAGAACCCUUGUGACCUGACGCUGAACUACUGCGGCGCCGGGCCCCAGGGGGACUACGGCUGCCAGCCCAGUAUCUUGGAGUGCACCGCGUGGGGCGACCCCCACUACACGACGUUCGACGGACGCAAGUUCAACUUCCAGGGCACGUACACGUACGUGCUCACGCAGCCGUGCUCGGGCGCCGACUGGAGCGUGAAGGUGAAGAACGAGAACCGUCCGGGCAACUGGGAGGUGGCUUACACGCGUGAGGUCAUCGUCGACAUCUACGGGUACCGGGUGACGCUCGCGGCCGGCUCCAAAGUCUUUCUGAACGGCGUGAGCCUGAACCUGCCAUUCUACUACAACAGCAGCGGCCAGGAGUUUUCGGUGACUCGCUCCGGCCACUACAUGCGCGUGUCGGCCGACUUCGGCCUCGAGGCCCUCUACGACGGAAUAUACCGCGCGAGCGUCAAGCUGCCCACCACCUUCGUGGCGUCGCUCUGCGGCCUCUGCGGCAACAUGGACGGCUUCCCCGCCGACGACUUCACGCGCCGGGACGGCUCGCAGACGCCCAGCGCCACCGACUUCGGCAACAGCUGGAAGGUGGAGGAGCCGGGCAUCGUCGACACAGGUUUCGACGACACCGGCAGAGCUGUGGAUCUUGACGCCAAUGCCGUCAAGCAGGCCCAGCAGAACGACUCGUGCGGGAUCCUCAAUGACGUUGCGGGCGUCUUCGGCUCAUGCCUGGCGCUCGUCGACCCCAUGCCCUACAUUGACAACUGCGUCUUCGACAUGGUGCUGCUGAACUUUACCGACGACGUCCUCUGCAAGGCCCUGGAAGCCUACUUCGCGGCCUGCGUCAAGGCUGAGGCUCCCGUUCAAGCGUGGCGGAGUCCAGCCCUCUGCCCCGUCCCGCAGUGCCCCGCCAACAGCCACUACUCGUACUGCGCUCCGCUGUGCCCUGUGUCGUGCGUGGACGGAGCCGUCGAGGGGCAGUGCCAGGGAGACUGCGUUGAGGGCUGUGUCUGUGACAUCGGCUACGUCCUGGAGGACGACGCCUGCGUGCUGGCCGACCAGUGCGGCUGCCUCUACAAGAACAAGUACUACAAGGUGGGGGAGUCGUUCAUCUCGGACGACUGCACUAGCUCGUGCCUGUGCGACGCGGGGGGCAUCGACUGCCAGGCAUUCGCCUGCCCCGAGUUCCACUUCUGCGCCGUGCUGGAGGGGGGCAGGGCCGGCUGCGACGCCAUCGAGGGUCACUGCCACGCGUCUGGUGACCCGCACUACACCACCUUCGACGGCAAGUACUUCGACUUCAUGGGCACGUGCACCUACACGCUGGCGGCGCCGAGCCCCAGCUACGCGGGCUCUCGCCCGGCGGCGUGGCACGUGCUGGUGCAGAACGAGCACCGGUACGGAAACGCGGCCGUGGCGUACACGCGAACCGUGGAGGUGCGGCUCGACCACGACGUCAACGUCAAGCUGCUGUUCGGCGGCGCCGUCCUGGUGAACGACGAGAGCGUGAGCCUCCCCGUGGGCCUGCCCAACGGCACGGUGGUGAGGGCCGGCAAGUUCGCGGUGCUCUCCUUCCCGGCGGCGGGGCUCACCGUCAAGUACGACGGCUACAGCUACGUGGACCUGCGCCUCCAGGCGUACUACGCGCGCAACCUCAGCGGCCUCUGCGGCAACUUCAACGGCGACCCAGGCGACGACUUUACGGGGCCCGACGGGGAGCUGCACGCCACCGCCUACACCUUCGGCAGCUCCUGGCAGUACCCGGUCGCCAGCAACAACUCGGCCUGCGGCAGCGACUACGGUCGCGUCGUGGACCCGGACGAGCCCAGCAAGGCGAAGGCGUCCCUCCUCUGCGCGCCCCUCAAGAGCGCCGCCUCCCCGCUUGCCGCCUGCUUCCAGGCGGUCCCGCCGGCCCCCUACCACGGCAACUGCGUCUACGACCUGGCGCUGACGGCGCUCAGCGACGAGCUGCGCUGCUCCCACCUGCAGGGGUACUUCGACGCGUGCCUCGGCAGCGGAGUCCGGCCCGGAGAGUGGAGGGAGGCCCUCGGUUGCUCGCUGAGCUGCCCGGCAAACAGCGCGUACAAGGGGUGCGCGUCGCCGUGCCCGAGCGCGUGCGGCUUCUCCAACGCCGCGUGCCCAAAGAGGCAGGCAUGCGUCGAGGCGUGCGAGUGCAGCCCGGGCUUCUUCCUGCACGACGGAGCCUGCGUGGACGCGGCCAACUGCGGCUGCACCAUGGACGGCAUCUACCAUCCCGUGGGCGAGGAGUGGUGGUCGUGGGACUGCUCGCACCACUACACCUGCUACUCGCAGUACAACAUCUCGGACGAACUUGGUGGGUGCUUGGGCAACGAAGUCUGCUUCCUCAAGGACGGAAUGCUGGGAUGUCACCCCGCCGAGCUGGAGCUGUCGUGCCAGGAUGAGCGGAUGUCGGCCCGCAUCCCCAAGGUGCUGGUGGGCAGGCACAACGCAAGCGAAUUCGCGCUCAACGACGGCUCGCUCCCGGGCUGCUCGCCGCUCGACGAUGGCCAGUUCAUCGUCUUCGACAUCGGCAUCGUGGACUGCGGCGCCGUGUGCCAGGAGACGGAUUCGCAGAUGAUCUUCUCUCAGACGCUCACCCUCAAGUCGGCCAACAGGAGCCUGCCCAUCAUCCGCAACUUCAAUGACGUCCAGGUCCCACUCACGUGUAAGUACGACAAGCGCCGCAGCCUGGCGGUGAACUUCGUGCCGGACACGGGCAGCAUCUUCGUGACGGAGACGGGCUUCGGCGACUUCGUCUUCAACAUCGAGCUGUACCACUCGGAGCGCUUCGCGCUGCCGUACAAGAAGAGCGACUACCCCGUGCACGUCCAGGAGAACCAGAACGUCUUCGUCCAGCUCGCCGUCAAGUCCAACCUGAGCGUCACGCUCUUCACCGAGAACUGCUUCGCGACCCCCAGCGGGGACCCCCAGGACCCCAUCCGAUACGACCUCGUCAAGAACGGCUGUGUGCUGGACUCGACGUGGAAGAGCUACAGCAGCUUCCUCAAGAAGAACCAGUUCAGCUUCACCGCCUUCGCCUUCGUCGGGGAGUUCAAGCAGGUCUUCCUGCACUGCGACGUGCUGGUGUGCAAGGCGGGCCAGGCGGGCACGCGCUGCCAGCAGGGCUGCGUGAACAGCGCCCGGCGCAGGAGGAGCGCCGUCGCCAUGGGGGAGAUCGUCGAGUCGGCGGUGCACACCGUGUCCCGCGGGCCGCUCGUCUUCGGUCAGCGCGCACGCUCGGCCGUGGCUGUGUCGCAGUUCGUGACUCCGAUCGCCGUCAUCGCCGCCGCCUUCAUUGUGGCGGUCGCCCUCGUCUACCGCAAAAAGCGAUCCUUGCGCAGAGGAUACCGGCCCCUGUCUCCCUACUACUCCAGAUAGACCACCGUGACUUCUCAAUACCACUACCAUCAACACCACCAUCAACAUCAUCAACAACAGCAUCGUUACACAGAGGAUCCCGGCCCCUGUCUCACUUCUCCAGAUCAACCACCAUCAUUUCUCAACACCACUACCAUAAAUACCACCAUCACCAUCAUCAACACCACCACCAUCAACAUCACGAUCACUGACUCAGAGCUUGAUGCCAAUGUUGACGUCUCCUGGCCACCACGACGAGAGGGCUUCAGCAGAGAGAGAGAGAGAGAGUUCGUGUAAACCGCCGUGGGUUUACUGCUAGAAGGUCCGUAGUUUGGGUUGCAUGGCCACAGUCACGCUGCUCUGGCUUGUCUUUAAUGUAUCUGUCUCUGCGUAUGUCUACAAGUCUCUGAGGGUAUCUGUGGGUUUGCUGUAUGGGUCUAUAGGUAUUGGUUUGCACGGCCACAGUUGCACGACUGUGGUUCAAUCGUUAACCUUCCACUUACUGAAAGGUGGCGUUGAGUUAUGAUGCACGAUGCAAAAGUGGUGGUGGUGGUGGUGAUUAAUUAGCACUGUCGGGGGCACAGCUGGUGCAUCUGUCAGUCAUCUUGGUCAGCCACAUGACCUCCUCCUGCCAGCAGCGAGAGCAUUCGACACUUCACGUGGCCCCAAAGUGCACCUGGCCUGGCACAGGCGCAGUGGUGAUGUCACCGUCACUUAGUGGCGAAUGGCGGGUAUUGGUAUUGAUUACGUUGGUAGAUUCAAUAUUUUUCAUACAUUACGGUGCUGGUGUUAACAGUUACGACGAUGAUGAUGAUGAUGGUGGUGCCGAUGAUGAUUAUGAUGUCGACAAGGUGGUCACUGCUAUUGACGGUCAACUCUGCAGCUGCCCCUGGAGGGCGGUCGCAGUGGCGGUGGGGUUCACGGUGGCGGUCACGGUGGCGGUCACGGUGGUGGUCACGUUGGCGCUCCCAUGGGGUGCGGGUGACGGUGAUUGUAACAGAGGCUUUGGUUUCGACAUUAAAAGGCAGAUCG